UUCUGACCGCGGCCCUGCCUGCCGGGUGUAAGUCCGGGUCAGGGUGUCAGUUAGGGUGUUAGUGCUAGCCCGGUCUCGAGCUCAGGUGAGCUGCUGCUAAUACCAGUCACGUGACCAGGAGGCUCGCAACAUCCGCGAGGAGGACCGGAGAGCAGCCUCCGAGAACGGAGUCGCUACGACGGAAGACGUUACAGGGGAACGUUCGAGAACGACAUCACCGCUUCGUUUCAGAGCACGUGAUGUAACGGAGCAGCCGGAGCGGGACGCGGCGCGUGCGUCGGAGGGGGGCGUUGUGGAAAGAAGCGCGUGUCCAUAGUAACAGACACCUGCAACACAACCGAGCAGCGCGCGGACACCGACCGGCUCGAGCUCGCGAAAGACAGCGACAGGUCAAGUCAGGGACGGCAGGGAAUGUGCGUCGCGAGACAAAGUGUCGAUAAUCGACACAUUUAAAGUGACGACAACAGCAGCCAUCAUGGCGGUACCGUAUCGAUACCAGCGCGUGGCCUCCUCCACUCUAUCGGCACCAGGUGACGUCAGCGCGUGAAGCGUCCAGCAGCAGUUCAACUUCCUGAGUGGAGCUGAUCUAUAAGUUACCCGCGACCCCGUGAUCACCUCGCCCCGUUUUACUUCAGUACGUAUCCGCGUGCACACGUGUGCGUAGUGUAAGCGCCGUGGGGAUGACAUCACGUACGGACUAGCGGCGGUGGUCGUGCGUGGUGUUGGCUCGGUUCGGUUCGGCUCGGCUCGGUUCCGAGUCGCACGGCCCCCCGGAGCGAUGCUGCCGGGGUCCAUCCAGAUCACCGGGGAGGCGCUGUCCGGGGCCGAGGUGCGGGACAUCUGCGACGGCCUGCGGGAGAACGGCGUCCGCCUGCUGUCGGUGCGCGGCUGUCAGCUCAGUGACCGGGACUUCGGCCGCGUGUGCCGCGGCGUGGCGGACUCGCGCUCCCUCGCGCAGCUGAACCUGAACCUGGGCGUGGUCUCGGGCCUCGUUCGGACCCGGCAGCUGGCGGACGCGCUCGAGGCCAACCGCUCUCUGCAGACCCUGUUCCUCCACGGGAGCCCCCUCCUGGAUGCGGGCCUGGUGACGCUGAACGCGGCGCUGACCAGCCACCCGUCGCUGGUCAGCCUGGACCUGGGGGACUGCCUGCUGGGGGACCAGGCCCUGGGGCUCGUCUGCGGCAUGCUGCCCCCCGACGGGGCCAAGUCAGGCCUGAGGGAGCUGACGCUGAGCGCCAACCCAGGGAUCAGCACCAAGGGCUGGGCCCGCCUGGCCGUGGCCGUGGCCCACAGCUCCCAGCUCCGCGUGCUCAACCUGGACUACAAUCCCCUGGGAGACCAGAUCGCCGGGAUGCUGGCGGUUGCCGUGGCGUCCAGCAGAACCCUGGAGGUGCUGGACCUGGAGGGAACCGGGCUGUCCAACCACGCGGCCCAGGUGUUCCUGGACAUGGUGCAGAGCUACCCCACCAGCCUGCGGGUCCUGGUCCUGGCGGAGAACGACAUUGCCCCGGAGCUGCAGCAGCAGAUCUCCGACCUGCUGUCGGAGGGGGAGGAGGAGGAGGACCCCGGGGCCCCGCCCACCCACCCCAGCCCCGCCUACUCCAGCGACAUGCUGCCCCCCAGGGAGAAGCAGCACCACCCGCACCACCAGCAGCACGCGGGCCCCUGGAUCCCCUACAGCAACCCCGCCCCCCACGUGGUCAUGCUGACAUCAGGUCUAGAUGACAGCCUAUUGUCUGAGACCGAGAUGUAAGCCCCUCCCCCCCUCAAUCAUCCCCAACUUCCUGUCGGAGCGUUAGGGAGGCGGUUCCGUCGGAGCGCAGUAUUGCAGUGUGUGUGUGUUUACGUGCGUGUGUGUGUGCGCGCUGAUCUAUGUAGCACUUGUAAAUAGACUAGAGCGGUUUCCAUGACAACCCACCGAGUGACUUCCUGUGAUGUUAGCGCCGUGUCGCCGCCCGGGUUCUGGCGGCGAAAAAACACGAAGUCCGAAUAAAUCAGUUUACAUCUUGGUACAAGA